GCUGGACUUUCCAAUUUUAGUCCAGUGUCGAUAACUUUGCCACUCAAAUGUUAUCGCCGUGUGUAGAUAUAUAGUUACGCUGGUCUAAGAAUGCUGAAUAUCGCAUACAGUCAGACAGCGUGUUACGGAUCAACUCAUCAUAUAAUACGGGCAACACUUGGCACUUUCCCCGAAAUACCUAAAGAACUAUCUCAUCUCGAGUUCCUUCUUAGUAACACUCCUGUAUGUGUGGCCUUCGAUCUUAUGGCACACUACCUCCGUGAUUUUCCCCUGGUAUAGCAUAAUAUGCUGAUUAAUCCAGUCAGAACCUCCCCUCCCAG